UUAGAGCAGAACUGUUAAUUUUGAGGGAGAAAAGCCGAGCCCCGCCAUGCCCAGCGCCGCAGCCGAGCGGGCGGAGCGGCCCCGGCCGGGCCCGGCGCUGCCGCUGCCGGGAGCUCCGUGAGGGAGCGCCGCCCCCGCUGCCAUGGCCGCCCGGAGACUUUGGAGUAUGUGAGGAGCUACUGGAGGAAUCACUCAUCUUUUAAUUUCUGCUUCAGCAGAUGUUCCUGCCCUGCCCUGUGCCUCCAGGAGUGUAACCCCCCCAGUCCUGGGGCACCCCACAGCUGAGAUGGUGGCCUUUAACUGGAAGGCUCUGGAGAACUUCCCACUGCUGAUGUACAUUUUGGCAGCUAAAACAUUGAUCCUUUGCUUGGCCUUUGCUGGAGUCAAAAUGUACCAGAGCAAGAAAAUUGAGGAGAAACUGAAGAGGGAACGUGAGGAGAAACUGAAAGCAGAAGGAGAGAAGAAGGAUGAGUGAAGAGUGCCUCAGGUUCCUGACACUUGGAAUGCCUUCCCAGGAGGAUGAAGCCUUCCUGGAAAAGAAGGAUGGGUAACCUCAGAGUGACACUUAAAUUAUCUCUGUUUUUAUAUGUACAGCAAAGCAGCUGAGCCUCCAUUUAUGCAAUAAUAAUAAAAAAAAAAGUCUUUGUUUAAAAAA